CAUCAAUAUUGAAAAUGGCUGUUUGUUAAUGGCUUCUUUAAAUUUAGUGCUGAUCUUUUUGCCACUUUUGGGCAUUGCUUCUUCAGCUGGGGAUAACAAUGGUGGUGGGUAUUCUGGUCUUUUGACACCCAAAUUGGAUAAAGAAGAAAGGCUUCUCUCUGCCAUGAUUGGUAUCCAAGGGAUUAUUCUUUACAAAUUUGGCUCAACAAUUGCCCCUCUUCAAGAAGCUGUGGCAAGAAUAACAUGCAAAACAGUGGAUGAGUAUGGGUAUGAGGCAAAAUCUUACUCCUUUCUAAGUGAAGCAAGUGAUGCAAAUGGCUACUUUUUGGCAACACUCUCUCCCCCAGAGGUAGAAGAUAAGAGGGAGCUGAAAGAGUGUAGGGCUUUUGCAGAGCUCUCUCCAUUACACAACUGUGAAUCUCCUUCUGACCUCAACAAUGGACUCUCUGGUGCUCUUCUCCAUUCCUAUGAAUUUUUACCUCACAACAACAUGAAGCUCUUCUCCGUUGGCCCUUUCCUUUUCACAUGCCUGACGUAAAAGAUUACGCUCUUGUUUGAUAAUCAUUUUAUAUUUUAGUUUUUAGUUUUUGAAAAUCAUGUUUGU